ACGGAAGUCCUGAUUCACCUCUUUCCAUGGCAGCUCCUUCAUUAUUAUGUUCUUAUUUUCAGUUUUAAACGCUUUUUCGUUGCUCCAUGGCCUCAGUGCUUGACUCGCAGAUUUGCCUGGUUGUCCUGUGCGGUUUGCCGGCUGUUGGUAAGUCCACACUGGCCAGGGAGCUCCGAAAAGCCGCGGCGGGGCUCGGCUGGAGGAUAGCGGCGGUGAGCUACGACGAGCUCAUCCCGGAGGAAGCGUUUCUCACCCGGCGUGUGGAAGAGGAGGCGGGGCACACAGAGUGGAAGCAGCAUCGUCAGGCCGUGUUAAAAAGUAUUGAACACUUCCUGGACAGUCCGAGCACUGACCAAUCAGAUCUCCCGGAUUUUUGUGGCAUUAUAAACAAAGGAUCAUGGGAAAGAUGUGUCCGGGACCUUCUCCAACCUUCACCCAAACCUGCUCCUGUGAUUUUUCUACUGGACGACAACUUCUACUACCCCAGCAUGAGAUACGAGGUCUACCAACUGGCGAGGAAACACUCGUUGGGCUUCUGUCAGCUCUUUCUUCACUGUGACUUGGAGACCUGUAUCCGUAGAAACCGGAGGAGGGCGGAGCCUGUUCCCUCUGAGGUCAUGGAGGAGAUGGAGAGACGUCUGCAGCCUCCGAACGCCCAGAGAAACACGUGGGAGACGAACAGCAUCAGAAUCAACACAAACGACAGGCUUAACGCGAAAGACAUACGGGAGGCGCUGGAUCUGGUCUCGUUUGCUCUGAAAAAUCCUCUGAGCCCCAUGGACGACGACGCUGAACAAAAGGAGGCUGACAGAGUGAAAUGUGCCAACAGUGUGAUGCACCAGACUGAUCAGGCCUGCAGGAAACUCAUCUCUGCUGCCAUGACGACGGCCAGAGAUCACCAAAUCCCGUCCACCUCCAUGAGAUCUUUAGCGUCUGAACUGAACGAACUUAAAUCAAAAUUUCUUCAGAAUUUAAAAACUCGACUUCUUCUGGACUCUUCUUUCAUCGAGUCGGAGAGCGUGAACGUGGAGAGAGCGGUGACGGAGGCGGCGGAGGCUUUUGACAAAGACAAAAAUGAGGUUUUGUUUAGAAAAAUACAAGAAUCCAGCCAAGUUAGACAAUGAGUUUAAUCAAAUCUAGCACUUUAUAAAUUAUGUGAAUGUAUUUGUUAUUUACAAUUACAGUCUUUUGUUUUUGAGGU